AAUAUCAUUUUAUUAGUUUUUUAAUACAAAAAGACCAUCGCUCUUCGUAACCUUUGAGGAAAGCGAGACAAUCCCAAAUCCAAAAGACGUCCUGAUAUCAUCCAACGACUCUUCACUGUACUUUGGAAACUGGACGGAGUAGUCAAUCAAAGUAGAACAAAGAACGAAGAGAAAAUCUGGGUUUUGCAGGUGUGAAAUUGCUUUUUCCUUGAUGGACGUAGGGGGAAGAGCAUAUAAUGGAAUUGACAAUCUCAGUAGAUUACCUGAUGAACUUCUUCUGCGCAUCAUCUCAUUACUUCCCAUAAAGGAUGCUGUUGGUACCUCUAUACUGUCAACCAGGUGGAGGUAUCUUUACGCCUCAAUGUCUAAUUUCCUACUUGAUUUCCGAUAUAAUGAGGUGGCCAAUCCACUUGGUCCCAUGAAUAUUUUGGAUAGGCUAUUCUAUUUUCGUGACAGAUGUCCUAUAAAUAAGUUUUAUAUUAGUUGGUCAGUCUCAAAACAUCUCCACCCAUUGCACAUUCAAGGGUGGAUCCAAGCUGUAAUGUGGCAUGGUAUUCGCGAACUUGAUUUAACCAUUCCUUCCAACGUGGUGCUGCCUAGUAGUCUAUGUACUUGUAAGACAUUGGAGGUUCUGAAAUUGGAUAUGCGAAGUGAGCGGGACAUGCAAUUCAGAUCUGAUUUCUCUGGUUUGGAAGUCCCUGCCAAAGUUUGUCUCCCAAGGCUUAAGGUUCUUUACCUUAUAGAAAUCACUUUUCCAGAUAGUGAUUCUUUUAACAGGUUGUUUUCCAACUGCCCUGUUCUUGAGGAAUUGACCUAUAAUUUCUGGGACAAUGACAAUGGCUGCAAAUUGAGUGUUUCUAGUCCUACACUAAAGAAGCUGGCCAUACAGUACAUGUGCUCUGAAGGGUGGUCGGACAGUUUUGAGAUUAUAAUUAAUGCCCCAAGUAUUGUUUUCUUGGGAUAUUGUGUUUGUGAUGUAACCUCUCAUGCAUUUCUAAAUGUCCAAUCCCUUGUUGAAUCCAACAUUGAUUUUGAACAUGAAUUUGGUGAUCAUGGUCGUUACAUCCAUGCUGCUACUGAACUUUUCAGAGCGAUGAGCAAAAUUCAGAAGCUUCGUAUAAAUUGCUGGACUCUAAUAAGUCUCAAAGAGUUCAGUGUUCCAAUCCCUGUGUUUCAUAAUAUGACUUGUCUGACAAUUGCUCAUUGUGAAUAUGGAUUAGAACCACUACCAGAUUUACUUGCACAGUGUGAAUCUUUAGAAACCCUUGUUUUUGAGAUUGUGUCAUUUCUUCCUUUAAAAGAUGCAGUUCAUACCUCUAUACCAUUGAGAAGGUGGAGGUAUCUCUACACUUCACGUUCUAAUCUUAUCUUUGAUUUUGGAGGUGUCAAUGAUUUUAUCUCAAUUGCUCAGAGUUACAAGCUCUUGAUCCUUUACGCCUUGAAAGGUGGAUACAUGUUGUAACAUGGCAUGGUAUUCGAGAGCCAGAGCUUGAUUUAUUUGUUGCUGCUAACGUACUGCUUCCAACUACUUUGUUUAAUUGUAAGACAUUGGUGAUUCUGAAGUUGUCUCCCAAGCCUUAAGGAACUUCAAAAUCUUGAUAGUGCUACUUGUUUUUCCAAUGAUGAUUUUACUAAAAGCUUCCUUUCUAACUAUCUAGUUCUUGAGCAUUUGGACAGUAAAUUUGAAGAUGAGAAUUGCAAAUUUAUUGUUUCUCUUUGUACACUCUUGCCUUAGAUUACAUGUACUAUGAAGGGUGGUCUAGAAGUUUUGAGAUAAUGAUUAAUGCCUGAGGUCUUAUCUACUUGGAAUACUUUGUGAUGUAAACUCUCAUACAUUUGUAAAUGUGUAGUCUCUUACUAAAGCCAAUAUCUUAAC